GUGAAAAGCCAUUUCGUUGUGAUGAAUGUGGUAUGAGGUUUAUUCAGAAGUAUCACAUGGAAAGGCACAAAAGAACUCACAGUGGAGAGAAGCCUUACCAGUGUGAAUAUUGUUUGCAGUAUUUCUCCAGGACUGAUCGUGUGCUGAAACAUAAACGUAUGUGCCAUGAGAACCGUGACAAGAAACCAAACAGAAGUGCCACCAAAAUUGGCUUUUUGCCAUCGGAGGAAGAUUCUGGUUUCUCUACGCCUAUGAAAGACAGCUCCUUGCCAAAGAAGAAAAGGCAGAAAACGGAGAAAACAAAAUCUGGGGAUAAGGAAGGUACAGAUAAAUUGGAACAGAAGAAGGACAAAAAUGACUAUUUGCCUUUGUACUCUUCUAGUACUAAAGUAAAAGAUGAAUAUAUGGUAGCGGAAUAUGCUGUGGAGAUGCCACAUUCUUCUGUCAGUGGGUCGCACUUAGAAGAAGCAAAUUCUGGAGAAAUACACCCACCUAAACUCGUUCUCAAAAAAGUUAACAGCAAGAGGAGUCUAAAACAGCCACUUGAGCCAAGUCAAACCAUUUCACCUUUAUCCACAUAUGAAGACAGCAAGGUUUCAAAGUAUGCGUUUGAUCUUGUGGAUAAGCAAAGUUUACUGGACUCUGAAGGUAAUGCUGACAUCGAUCAAGUUGACACGUUACAGGAAGGGCCCAGUAAACCUGUACACAGCAGCACUAAUUACGAUGAUGCAAUGCAGUUUUUAAAGAAAAAGAGGUAUCUACAAGCAGCUAGUAAUAACAGUCGAGAAUAUGCCUUGAAUGUAAGUACCAUAGCAUCUCAGCCUUCGGUAACACAGGCAGCUGUGGCCAGCGUCAUUGAUGAAACUGCUACAGCCUCAAUAUUAGACACACAGGCACUGAAUGUUGAAAUUAAAGGUAACCAUGACAAAAAUGUCAUUCCAGAUGAGGUACUGCAAACUCUGUUAGAUCACUAUUCUCACAAGGCUAAUGGACAACAUGAGAUAUCUUUCAGUGUGGCUGACACUGAGGUGACCUCCAGUAUAUCAAUCAAUUCUUCUGAAGUAUCUGAGGUCACCCAAUCUGAGACAGUUGGAACAAGCUCUCAAGCUUCCUCAUCAGAUAAAGCUAGUAUGUUACAAGAAUAUUCGAAGUUUUUACAACAAGCUUUGGACAGAACUAGCCAAAAUGAUGCCUAUUUGAACAACCCGAGCCUUAAUUUUGUGACUGAUAACCAGACUCUUACAACCCAGCCAGCAUUUCCUUCCAUGGAGAAGGUCUACACAUCUAUACCCGUCAAUAGCUUUCGAUCAGGAAUGAACUCUCCAUUAAGAACAACUCCAGACAAGUCUCAUUUUGGACUAAUCGUUGGUGAUUCACAACACCCUUUUCCCUUUUCAGGUGAUGAGGCAAAUCAUUCUUCUUCCUCCUCUACACAGGACUUCUUGGAUCAAGUAACUUCUCAGAAGAAAGCAGAGGCACAGCCUGUUCAUCAAGCAUAUCAAAUCAGCUCAUUUGAGCAACCCUUUAGAGCUCAGUACCAUGGGGGAAGAGCUGGAAUAUCAUCUCAGUUUAGCACUGCCAAUGGACAGGUGAACCUUCGGGGACCAGGGACAAGUGCUGAUUUCCCAGAAUUUCCCUUGGUGAAUGUAAAUGAUAGCAGAGCUGGGAUGACUUCUUCACCUGAUGCCACAACGGGCCAGACUUUUGGCUAAGAAACCUUUGUAAAUAAUACUGGCACUUUAGAACACAUUUGUCAAAAGGGGGUUGCUCUGUAUAAGAUGGAGUUCUGUACAGCUUUUAAGAGCGCUAUGUUAAAACAAGAGUAAGCUGAUACUAGCAAGACCAAUAACUGCUUUUUGGGGUUUUUUUUGGUUUUUUUUUUUUUUGGUUAAUCACCAGUCGUUGAACUGCCUGAUGUUGUUGCCCCUUUCAAAGGCAGUUUAUUAUUCACUUGUUUGAAUUGAGGAACUAUUUUACCUUCUAUGAAAUUUAAAAUAAACAAAAACCCCAGGUAAGAUUUCCCCCAUGAUUGUUUCCUUACUGGUUUCCUUGUAUGCUUUGGGAGGACAGUUUAUUGUCUGAUCCUAUUCGUAUUGUCAUUUCUAAGCUUGUCAGCAUAGUCAUUGCUCUUCAUCAGGGAAUCAACAUGUACUAAACACACAGAAUAAAAAAUAAGUUUCAAAGUCAAGCAAAUAUGGCUUUAAAAGAUGGCAUUUUCUAGAAAAAUAAUCUUUCUUCCAUCUCUCUCAAAAAUACUAUGUGCCCUUUAUUUCUGCUUCUCAUUACCUUGGGUUGUGUUUGGAGGAAAAAAUGAAUUCUGAUAGAUUAACUCUACUAUUUAAAAACCUAAUUAAUUUAAAAUACUUAAAAAACUUUUUUAAGCAAAAUGCCUAACUGCUAAAGCCUUUACUUCGUUCCUGAAGUAAUGUGUAUUUCUUUGUACAGCUGAAUCUAGAUGUAACUUUUUAAUGACUUUUUCAUAUGCAGAUAUUGAGAUUUUGAAGUUAAAUUACUCUGUAGAUGACAUUCCCAAUUGCAUAAUGCUUACACAAACUGUGUAUUCCAAGAUUUAAAAGCUUAAUUGUAUCUUACGCUACAUACUCAUGAUUAACAUAGAGCACUUAGUCAACUUGAUAGUUUUUAAUUUCU